UUGCUGAGUAUUGAAUUUUGUAUUUCUUUGUGAGCUUUGUCACAGUGCCUGUGAAUUCAUUUUUUAGGUUUUUGGUUUUUGGUUUUUUUUUUUUUUUGAUUGGGAAAUUAAUUGAUCAUAUAAUUGGGGAAGUUUAGAAGUCAGUGGUCGGAAUCGUGCGUUUCUGUGCGUGUGUGUACACGUAUAAUAUAUAUAUAUAUAUAUAUAUCUCGGAAUUAAAGUUACAGUCUUGUGUUAUAUCAAAAGGGAUGAGUGGUUGAAUUGGAUUGCUGAACAUAAUUAAGUUCAUGAAUAGACAAGUCUGUUUAUAGGGCUAGGGUGAAUCCUUUCUGGGAUAUUUAUGUCAAGGAAUAGGAUCCAGUGACAUUCUACUAUUAAUUUGUGACCUUUUUCUUCUUAAAACGUAUUAUUUGUGAAUUCACGUGCUUUGUCCAUACAAAUUCAGUAUGAUUUGUGAGGGAACGAUAAUCUCUCCACCUUUUCUGUUUACAGACAAAGCUCACCAUGUUCGGAUAUUUCGGUGCGUAAUGCUUCUUUUCAUGCACGAUCAGAAUUGACAAUGAACUACUCUUCUCUGGUUUCAGGUUUCAUGCAUUUGCCAUAUGCUUGAUGCUUUAGAUUCUUAAGAGUGAUUCUGGAGGACAAUAUCUAUAAGUUUCAUUUUCAAGUAUCUCAUAUCAACACAUGUCGACUGGGCCAGUGAGGAGGGUCUCACGUCAAGAUAUACAACUGGUUCAGAAUCUCAUAGAAAGAUGUCUUCAGCUCGACAUGAACCAGAAAGAAGUUGUGGAAACUCUACUGGAACAAGCAAAAAUAGAGCCUGGUUUUACUGAACUAGUUUGGCAGAAGCUUGAGGAAGAGAAUCGGGAAUUUUUUAAUGCUUAUUAUCUAAGGCUAACUGUAAAGCACCAGAUUAUUGAAUUCAACAAGCUGCUGGAACAGCAGGUGCGGCUGAUGCAUCAAAUACAUCCAGCUGGCGUUGCUGCAAUGCCCACUUCUAAUGGUUCUCACAUCCAACCAUCGCACCAGAACUCAGCAUGUUAUCCCCCAGAACACGCAGUUAAGCCAGAAAACAUGCAACCGCCCAUAGGUUCUAGUUUGGCCAAUGCAUUCCCCAAUGGUGGGUCAUCAUUGCAAACAAAUAUGCAUGCUGCUGUUGACAUGUCUGGCCAUGCUAGCAGGAUUGAUGUCCCAACUACCAUACUUCCCACCCAGGGCUCAAACAUAACUCUAACGCAAGGGAUGAAUGGAGGGGGGAUAAUCAAAGCAGAGACUGGUUAUUCAGGUAGUUCUUACAUGUUUUGUGCCGAUGGCACUGUCCUGGAUGCACGUCCAUCGAUUGGGGAUACUUCGGGUGCAUCUUUCAGUAGCGUAGAGUCCAACUCACAACCUCUCAAUGAUUCGCUUCUGGAUGUAGAUGGGGCUGCAUAUGGAUUUUUAGGUCAGAUUCCUCGGAACUUCAGUCUUUCUGAUCUGACAGCUGGCGCCUUCUCCCAGACUUCAGACAUAUUGGACUACCAGGGUUCACCUUUCCUAGCUACAGAUACUGAAGGUUAUCUUGAUUCUCACGAGAGAGAGCGUCAAGAUAAUAAAAGGUUGGACACCAUAUCAGAAGGAUUGAGUUAUGAUGAUUUUGGGAGUGAAUAGACAUGGCAGUGAGGUUUUCUAGAUUUUCACUAUUAGGGCGUCUUGGUUCAGUUGUGCCCCUGAGCGCAGGGGUCUGUACAUAUCGUUUUAGUGCUGCAGUAGCUUCAGAUUGUGGACUUAUUAAAUAUCCCAAUUGGUGUGUAAAAAUUUCACCGAUAUCAUGAAAAAUGUGGUAUGACAAUUAGAAUUGAGAAUUGAGGUUAGGGUUGUCUAGAUGAAAAGAAAACUUGAAUAAAUUUUUAGUAGGUACCGUUUUGUUUGACUCAUGCAAGAGCAUGGUGGCAACCCUGAGAUGUUUACAGGAAUAAUCUUAUAAGCAAAUUAUUUGGCACUUUUGGUGUUGAUGAAGAUGAUUCUCUUGUGCUGUUGAGAUUUCUGUCAUUUGAUAAUUAUUGAUUUGCGGGUGUGGAUUAA